UGUUUGUUUCAUUAGCAGUAACUUGGAAACCGAUUAACAAAUAACUCCAUAAUGACGACCUUUAAAAUUUACGCAUUUUUUAUGGUGUUAUUUUUAGCACAGGCAUUAGUUUAUGCUAAACCUUUACAGGAUACUUUCCACUUUUUUGAUACUUCUGAAGAAGAAAUUAAAAUAAGAGAAAACCCAACACCGAAACAACAACUUCUACUCUACACCUUUGACAAUUUCGUAUAUUUGGGCAAACAUUAUGGCGAUAAUGCAGUCGAAGUUAGCCGUCAUAUAUUGAAAGAUGAUUCCUUGGUGGGAAAUGAUAAACCCGAAGUUUUACAGUUUAAGAAAAAUUUAAUCCAGUUUAUGGAAAAUUACGAAUGUAAUUCAAAUCCUCAAUUAAUGUGGGAUUAUAUUGAUGUUUAUUCAGAUUUGACUGAAAAGUAUGCGCAUAUAACAGACGAUAAUGUUACGCCAGAAUCUAGCUAUAUUUCGGAACUUUUAAAAAAAUACAAUGCCCGUGAUAUAGCCAUUAAAUUCGCUAAUGAAUUUCAGAUGUUUAUGGAUAAUUUCGUUAAUAUGUUCGAGGCGAAUAAAGAGCACUUGAAGAAACCCAUGUUGGACUGGUAUGAAAAGUUUAAAACUUUAACCGAUUUUGAGGAUAAACUUGAUUCUUUUACUGGAUUUCUUGAAUUAAAUUAAAAAUGGUGAAAUAAAGUGAGGUUUUGCUUAAUAUUAAUGUUUGAAUAAA